AUGACGAUGACGAUGGAGCUGGAGUCGCAGGUGGUGGUGGUGGAGACGACGACGAGGGCCGCCACCGCCGCGCACGUGAGGACCACGGUGGCGCUCCGGCUGCUGGCGUUCGCAGCGUCGCUCGCCGCCGCCGUGGUCAUAGCCACCAACCGGCAGGACCGCUGGGGCAUCACCGUCACCUUCAAGAUGUUCGCCGUCUGGGAGGCGUUUGUGGCGAUCAACUUCGCCUGCGCCGCCUACGCGCUGCUCACGGCGGUCUUCGUGAAGAAGCUCGUCAGCAAGCACUGGCUGCACCACAUGGAUCAGUUCACGGUGAACCUGCAGGCGGCGUCGACGGCCGGCGCCGGAGCGGUGGGGUCGAUAGCCAUGUGGGGGAACGAGCCCAGCGGGUGGUACGCCGUCUGCCGCCUCUACCGACUCUACUGCGACAGGGGCGCCGUCUCCCUCGCGCUCGCGUUCGUCGCGUUCGUCGCCCUCGGCGUCGCAUCCAGCCUCUCCCGCUUCCCCAGGGCACCCCCCGCCGGCACCCAGAUAAUUAGUAAUUCAUCUUGA